CCAAUUCCAAUUAAAAGAUUUGAAAGGGAGCGUUUUGGCUUGCACGCUUAUAGCCUGGAGUUCCACCCUCUUACCGUGUGCACUCUAUCUGUAUCUCUCUCUGCCCAUUGGUUAACGGGAAUGGCACAAUCAUAAAAUCGUAAGACACAGAAGUUCUUUGGAAAAAGUUGCGAGUUUUGAUCUUGUUGAAAUGAAGCGGUUUUUCAAGCCAAUAGAGAAAGAAGGGUCAGCAAAGAAGCCAGCACUCGCACAAGAAGACAGUGAAGGAAAGAUAGGAGAGAACGGUGACAAUAACACGACCAACAAGCAGCCCUUGAAGUUUAUAACCUGGAAUGCGAAUAGUUUGCUUCUCCGAGCUAAGAAUGACUGGCCUGAAUUCACUAAAUUUGUCUCGACCCUUGAUCCUGAUGUCAUUGCCAUACAGGAGGUAAGGAUGCCUGCUGCUGGCUCAAAGGGUGCACCUAAAAACCCAGGAGAGUUGAAAGAUGACACGAGCUCUUCCCGUGAGGAAAAGCAGAUAUUGAUGCGUGCUCUUUCCAGUCCACCAUUUGGAAGUUACAAAAUUUGGUGGUCCCUUGCAGAUUCAAAGUAUGCAGGGACCGCAUUGUUAGUAAAGAAACGUUUCCAUAAUAUAAAGGUCUCUUUCUCUCUCGACAAAUCAGCUUCAAAGCAUGAACCAGAUGGCCGGGUUAUUUUAGCUGAAUUUGAGUCAUUUCGUUUAUUGAAUACAUAUGCGCCAAACAAUGGGUGGAAAGAGGAGGAGACCUCAUUUCAGAGGAGAAGAAAAUGGGACAAAAGGAUGUUGGAGUUUGUCGUGCAAUUGUCAGAUAAGCCUCUUAUAUGGUGUGGUGAUCUGAAUGUUAGCCAUGAGGAGAUCGAUGUGAGCCAUCCUGAAUUUUUCAUUGCAGCAAAGCAAAAUGGUUAUGUUCCUCCAAAUAAAGAGGACUGUGGGCAGCCGGGCUUUACCUUAAAUGAAAGGAAACGCUUUGGUAGCAUUCUGAGAGAGGGAAAGCUAAUAGAUGCAUAUAGAUUUUUGCACAAGGAGAAGGACAUGGAGCGUGGCUUUUCAUGGUCUGGAAACCCUAUUGGAAAGUAUCGAGGGAAAAGGAUGCGGAUUGAUUAUUUCAUAGUCUCGGAGAAACUUAAAGGGAGGAUUAUUUCGUGUGAGAUGCAUGGACAAGGAAUUGAGUUGCAAGGUUUCUAUGGAAGCGAUCACUGCCCAGUUUCUCUUGAGCUUGUGCCGACUACUUGUGAUUCCCGGGAGAGUUAAUUUACAUGUAUGUCCAUCUUGUGAUUAAGCUGUUAUUUAAUCUCUAGAUGUAUUGAGCGGAAAGUCUUUAUGAGGAUGAAUUGCUUGGUGUAUGUUUAUUAGCUAUCAAACUAACCAUGGAUGCAUAUCCUUUAACUGGGAUUAAUGAGAUAUGAUUAGUUAGGCUGAAAUUUGUUCUA